AUGAUCAGACUUCCAAUUGGGUGCCGCAGAGCCCCGCUAGGAGUGCUCCGCCGCCCGUUUCAGUUCCGUACUGUCAAAACCUCUAACGUCGACUGGAAGCCUGUCAAACAAAAGGCUCAAGAUACAAGCUCCUGGUUUUCCAAAAGCAUGUUUGGACUAUUGGUCCUCAUGCCCAUUGUUUCCUUCGGUCUUGGAACAUGGCAAGUCAAACGUUUACGCUGGAAAACUGAUCUCAUCUCUCAGGCUGAAGACCGCCUGACUCUCCCUCCCCUGCCGCUUCCUGGAAACAUUAACGCUGAUAUUGCUUCUUCUGACGAAUUUGACUACCGCCGCGUUUUGGUUCAGGGAACCUUCCGCCAUGACCAGGAAAUGUACGUCGGUCCCCGCAUGCGUGACGAACAGGAAGGCUACUUUGUCUUAACCCCCCUCGAGCGCGGUGAGGGCAAAAGUACUCUGCUCAUUAAGCGCGGCUGGAUUGCCAAACGUUUCCUCGAUAGGUCAACCAGACCCAUGUCUCUUCCUGAGGGCCCCGUCGAGGUUGAGUGUUUGCUCCGCAAGUCACCUGAAAAGGGCAUGUUCACUCCGGCCCCACCGCCACCAGAUUCUCCCCAUUACGCGUACCUUGAUGUCGAAGAUAUGGCAAAUAAAACAGGCGCUCAACCUAUUCUUUUUGAAGAACUUCUUGAUCCCUCGCUCCCAGCACGUGCUGCCAUCCAACACGAUGUCCAGCAACUUAAUGCUGAUGGCAACAUAUCUGUAGAACAAAUGGCCCGCUACGGCGUCCCCAUUGGCGUCACAGGCAAAGUUGAGCUCAGAAACACUCAUUUCCAGUAUAUUCUUACUUGGUACGGUCUUUCUGUCUUUACAACAUUCAUGUUGAUUUCUCUUAUCAAGCAAAAGAGGGCCACCAGUGCAAAUGCUGUCACACGUAAGGUCCAGCAUGCUCGCAGCGUCCUUUAA